GCCAAAACAGAAGAAGCAGACUUCACCUGAACGAUUGAACCAAACAAURUUCGUUAACCUUUAAUGUGGUUUUUCUUUCGUCAAACUUUAAUGUUUUGAACAGAUCACUGCUGCCUACUAUCCCUGAGACUCUAAGGAUUGAAAAACAAUUAAUAAUGUGAGCAGUUUCUUGGCAUUUUCAAGCCACAGGGGUGUUGUGRUGGUGAUGGUGACAAGCUCGUCGUUCUGAAGCAACCAAAAUUGAACGUUUAAAACCAGCGAAAAGGUGUUUACUUAAGGAUCGUCGUUUGAAGAAUCUAUUAUAUGAAUACACAAGUUUAUUAUCCGAUUACUAUUGUCUUCACAAGAUACAGAUUGACGGUAUUUCACGAGCUUUGAACUGGAAAUUCCUUGAUAUUUGCUCGAGGUUUCAACCAUCUGGACAACAUUAGCCCUAUAUUGUUGUGACAUUCUUCAUCUAUCUGUCGUCAUUAUUGCUUUAGACAAAAGCGAUUGCCAUUUAUAAUAAUGAUGUUGAAUUGCUGUGGAGAAACCAGCAAUAGUCGGAUCGUACAAGCAGUUUUAUAAUCAAGACUUAAGAACAUUUGAAGAACAGAAAAUCUCUUCAUUCCAUACUUGAAAAAAGCAAGAUACCAAACUACAAUACAGACUUCAACCAGUAGCCGGUCUUUUACGAUAAAUACAAUAAAAAAACGGCUUAUCAUUUUUGGAUUAUAUGAGUAGCAAAGAGAUUGUGGGUGCCAAUUCAAGGCAAUGUAGCAUCGAGUCAGGCCUGACUCAAAUUAUUGGACCAGUGUUAGUAUGCAUCCCAGAGAAAAAGCUCAAGGAGGUAAAGGGGUCARACCAAUUGCCUGUUCCGUCAACAGCAGCAUCAAAAAUGGCCAAGAUGAAGAAGAAGAUGCAUUCUCCUCUAUCAAAAAGGAAAAGUGGAAGCAACCAAGCAUUGGAAGAAUCUUCAUCAACAAAUAAAGUGUUUGGUGUAUCUCUGGAGGAAUCUUGUAAAAGUCUUGAAGGAUCCCCAGUACCAUGGGCUGUCACAAGAAUAGUAGACUACUUGACCAAGUGUGGUCUUAGAAAUGAAGGGAUAUUUCGUGUUAGUGGAAAUAAGAAAAGUGUUGAUAUGAUGAAAGCAGCUUUUGAUAGAGAUAAUGAUGCAGACUUGGAAGAAAUAGGAGAUGUGAUGGGUGUUGCCGGCUUGUUGAAACAAUACCUCAGAGAACUUCCUGAGCCACCCAUCCCACAGAACCUAACACAAGAGUUUAUCAGAAUACAUGAAGUUUAUGGAGAUGACAAUGCUGAGUGCUUGGAUGAGCUUCAAGCACUGUUGGAUAGACUGCCAUACUUGAAUUACCAAUUGGUCAAAUAUUUGUGUCAUUUUCUUGUAAGAGUCUCCAAGGAAGAAGAAUACAAUAAGAUGAAUACAAUGGCUCUUGCUAUAGUCUUUGGUCCCAACCUUUUCAGGUGUAAUGAUGGCUUGGAGGGUUUAAAGGAACAAGGCCACACUAAUGCUAUUCUCUGUAAAUUCUUAGAAGAUUAUGAUAAUCUUUUUAAGGAUGAUGAUGAAGUUUCCCCAUAUGCAACCACAGAUUUGUUUAUCACUGACCGUGGCUCAUCUGAUUCUCUUAAUACUGGCCCAUCCAUUUCAGACAAGGCCAUUCAAGAAGGAUCUACAAGCGAAGAGGAGGUUCCAGUGCCUAGUACAUCCACCUCUGAUACAACAAGUCAACAUGAACCUAUCUAUGCCUCUAUUGAUAAAACCAAAAAACAUCUCCUUCCUACAAGUGUAUCAUCAUCAUCAGAAGAACUAGAUUUGUAUGUCAGAUCAGUGUCUCCUUCAAUGUGGCAUUCAAACACCAGCACUAAUGGCAACAACAGUCAUAAUGGUAGCCACACUCAUCAUCAGCAUCAGGAACAGCCUGGAAGAGACGUGGUUCAAAUGGUCAUAAAGGACAGCAUCAAGGAGCACUUGUUUGGUCCAGACACGGUAUCCACAGAUGAGAAUGAAUGUAGUGCAACAGAUUCUGAAAUCUCCAGGGGACAGUCUGCAGAAUCAUUAGAUGACGUUACUGCUCCACCACUACCAGCAAGGCAUUACGGGGAAGAAGAGACCAGUAAACCUCAGCCAAAAAGAAGAAAAAAUGUCAAAAAGCAGAAAAAUCUGCAAGACACUGUUUGUGAUAUUCCUGACAAUCCUGGCCGUCCCUUACCAGUCCUAACUGAUAGUGAUCAAUCAUCUUCAACAUCUAACAAGAAGAGAAGUCAACUAACUGUGAACCUAGAAGCAAUGGAUCAAAAAGAAUUAGUUAUUUCCUUGGAUCAAAACAGUAACAGUAUUCUACAAGUCAGACCAAAGAGCAAUACAGCAAUAUCUGGCAAUGCCACAGGCCAAGAUCAUAUCGUUCCCAAGCAGGAUGAGUUGAGUGAUCUGCCCAAGAACUUUAUCCAUCCCCUGGUUGAGGAAGCUAAAAACAGAGGCAAGAUAGCAACACCACCACCCAGAUCACCUCGAUCACCUAAAGUCUCCAAAUCACCUCCCUCUCCUUCAUCACCCAACAAGCAUGGAACAAUAGAUGAAGUAGAUGGUGGGUACAACCCUGUCAAGGAACUUACUAAACAAUAUAAAAAGAGAAGUAGAGGUGCUCCAGUUGUUCCUCCUCUAGAGUUAUACAAAUUACAACAAGGUGACGUAGGUGGGGGCUCUGAUAAUCUCAUUAAAUAUGAUGUGCAGCUUUCACCAAGAGAGAGAUAUGAUGGCGUUGGUUCAGAUGAAGCACUGUUAUCACCUCGAUCAAGACCACUUACUAUUGAUACUAAGAGCAGUUAUCCCACUGAAUGUCCCCCCUCCCCUCCUCAUGACCAUGUUGAACCUUUCUGGUCCGAAAGAAG